AUGAGCCGGAUUACAGAGACAGAGGGCGACCUGUUCGACGCCCCCGAGAACACCGCAUUGAUUCAUGCAUGCAAUUGUCAAGGGUCAUGGGGAAAAGGCAUCGCAGAGACAUUUAGGGCGAAGUACCCCGCGGCAUACCGCAUAUACCGCUCUCAUUGUCAGAGAUACCUCGUUGACGGGAAGAAGCUCUCCGAAAACUCCAAGGAUACACCGGGGCGGGCAUUGAGAUAUCCUGAAGGUACUGCAUUACUCAUUCCACCGCAACCUGAUGAUUAUAUUCCCCAAAAUGGCCCAGACUCUGCUGUCACACCAUCUACCCAGGGGAAGAAGGGCGGUGGUCGAGCUACACGGAGAUCCCUUCCCAAACACAGGCCAGCGGGCAAAAAACACUGGAUAGUAUGUUUAUUUACAUCAUGGCAUUACUCUGCGAAGUUGAAGAGCUCGCCGGAUGUAAUUCUUGAAAACACAAUCCUGGCCCUGGGAGACUUGAAGAGACAACUUGAAGAGCUGCAGUCUUCAAAGAGAGAUGGAAGAGAGAGUGCCCUUGAUGUUAGCGAGUCGGAGAAAGAAGAAAGGAGACUGGUGGAAGCGCCCACUGAGAUUUGGUCUUGUCGGUUUAAUGCUGGAUUGUUUGGCGUUCCCUGGCAGAAGACAAAGGCUCUCAUGGAGGAAUCGGGGUGGCAGGUUACAGUAGUUCGCCCUGUUGGGGAACCUUUGUAA